AUGGACAAUCCAAACACGUCACUGUGGCGAACUGUCGCUGUUGCGAUUCUUUUGUACUUUGCAACUCGUACAUUUUAUCGUCUAUUUCUCCACCCCCUUGCCCGCUUUCCAGGGCCAAAGCUGGCAGCCGCGACAAGAUGGUAUGAAGGCUACUACGACGUUAUUGAAAACGGCCAAUAUACAUUCAAGAUUGAGGAGAUGCACAAGCAAUAUGGGCCAAUCAUAAGGAUCAGCCCCUAUGAGCUUCAUGUUAGCGAUCCCGUCUUCUUUGACGUUCUCUAUUGCCAAGAGGGGCGUUGGAACCGAUACCCUUUUGCGUGGGAUGCGUGGGGCGCUGAAGGCCCAACUAUACACGCUACCCAGCAUGACCUGCACAAGGCUCGUCGCCAACCUUUGGCACCUUUCUUUUCCAAGGCCAAAGUGUCAAGCCGACAAGACAUGAUCAGCAGGCAUGUCAGUAAAUUCUGCGAUCGCCUUUCCAAUAUUGCUGAAGCAGGGAAAAUGGUCAAUUUGGGUGCUGCCACCACAGCGUUGGCCCGUGAUGUAGCUUUCGACUUCAUUCUUGGCAAAAGCUAUAACAGUCUCGACAGCGAAAACUUCGAUGUUGCGGUUCUCCACGCUGCUCAAGGAGCUGGAUCUCUUUGGCGGCUUAGCAAGCAUAUAGGAUACGUCCUUUUCUUGCUGCAAGCAAUGCCGUUGGACUGGGCCAUGAAGAUUGCGGACGAUGAUAUGAAGACAUUCUUUGCGCACAUGAAAGCUGCUAUGAACGAUACGAAAGACAUUAUGGACGAAGCACUAUCACCUUCACCACCAGAAGGAGUCAAGCGGACCAUCAUACACGAAAUACUUGAUUCGAAGCUCUCUUCACAUGACAAGUAUUUCAAGAGAGUCUUUCAGGAUGUGACAUCUGUGAGUGGUGCGGGUUUCGAGACCAUUGGCGGUGCUCUACGUUUAAUAUUCUUCCAUGUGUUCAGCAACUCCGCUAUCCUCCAGAAACUCCGUGAGGAACUUGACUCUGCAAAAGCGAAACAUCUUGAUGUCAACGAAUUGAAAGUCCUCGAGCAGCUUCCCAACCUCACAUCGACUAUAAAAGAAGGACUACGCUUGAGUCCUGGCAUAGGUACACGUAUGGCACGAAUUGCUCCAGACCGAGACCUAUUCUACAAAGAGUGGCGAAUUCCUGCUGGGACUCCUGUUGGAAUGACGACCAUCUUGAUGCAUAUGGACGAGAACAACUUUCCAAAUCCUCGUUCUUUCAGCCCUGAACGGUGGAUGGAUAAUAAUAGACAGAAGAAUGCCGAGAAGGCAUACGCACCGUUCUCGAAAGGGACGAGGAUGUGUCUUGGGAUGCACGCGAAGGCUGAGAACUUUGAAUUUGAGAGUGAUCAAUUUGUCAUCGGGACCAAGGGAAAGGGGCUCUUAGAAGCUCACGUAAAUCUUCGUGAAUAA